GUCAGCGGCGGAGAGCUUUCCUUUUCCGGUGUCAAAGAUCUUCUUCUGGGGACAAAGAUGGCGGCCCCCGACGAGUUGUUUUGCUGGGAAGGAGACUGGGGCUUACCCUCCGUCAGCACCGACUGCCUGGUGGUUCUGGCGUACGCUCAGUUUGCUGGAGCUCCACUGAAGCUCAGAAAGAUCUGCAACCCCUGGAGGAGUCCUGGCGGUUCUCUUCCUGCUCUGAGGACCAAUCAGAAAGAAACCCUGUCCCGACCUUCUGAAAUCAUCAUCCACCUCAGAAAACAGAAAUACAACGCCGACUACGACCUGUCAGCCAAAGAGGGAGCCGACAGCCUGGCCUUCAUCUCGCUGCUGGAGGAGAAGCUCGUGCCGGCGCUGAUCUACACGUUCUGGGUCGAGCCGAAGAACUACGUAGACGUGACGCGCCGCUGGUACGCCGAGCACAUGACGUUCCCCCUGAACUUCUUCCUGCCGGGCCGCAUGCAGAGCCGGCAGCUGGAUAAACUGCGGCUGCUGAGGGGAGACGAGAACCUGGAGGCCGGAGAAGAGCUGGAGAAGGAGCUCUACCGAGACGCCACAGAGUGCAUGAACCUCCUGUCCCAGAGACUCGGCUCCCAGAAGUUCUUCUUUGGAGACUCGCCUUCGUCUCUCGACGCCUACGUCUUCGGCCACCUGGCUCCCGUCCUGAAAUGCAAACUUCCCAACGGGAAGCUGCAGCAGCACCUGAAGUCCCUGGACAACCUGACCGGCUUCUGCACCAACAUCCUGCUGCUCUACUUCCCCAGAGACGGUCGAGCAGAAAACUGCGGGCAGAAAGCGACGCCGCAGCCGGACGGCGGAGACUUCGACAACGUCCCCAACAAGCGCAGGAAGCAGUUCCUGUCGGCUCUGGUUGCUUUCGGCGCCAUGCUGAGCUACGCCCUCCUGACCGGCAUGGUGUCCAUCCAGCACCAGGGGGCGCUGGAGGAGCCGCCGGACAUCGAACACAUCGGAUCCCACGACCACGAAGAAGAAGGUGACGGCUGAGGCCGAAAAGUGAAGGACAUUCCCGGACUGAAAACUAUUCCAGAUGAAUUCAUCAGAGCGUUUCUAGAUUUAUCUCACGAAGAACGCCACGGAGAUGCCGUUGGUGUGGAAAUUAUUAAAAUGCAAAUAAGUUAUCAGCGCUGAUGAGCCUCUGGGUGGACAGGAAGUGUGCGUGGGUGCUAUACAGACAAUAAAAAUAACCAACAUUAACGCAG